AUGCACUACAAUGAUCUGGACAGUAUUACCUUAAGAGGUGCUAACAUCUCAAUUCCAUAUGAGAUGCUGCUUCCGCUGCUGGACUGCUUUGUGAUCCCGGUUCUGAUGCUGCUCUCGUGGAUCUUCUUGAAAACUCGCUACAGACCAUUGCAUUUUAUAGCUGUGACCGUGUGUUUGCUUGGAGUCGGUGCGAUGGUAGGAGCAGAUCUGCUGGCAGGGCGAGACCAAGGCUCAAGUCAUCAUGUGUUGUUGGGGGAUGGACUCGUGCUGGUCAGUGCUGCUCUGUACGCAGUAUCUAACGUCUGUCAGGAAUACACAGUGAAAAACUUGAGCAGGGUGGAGUUCUUGGGCAUGAUGGGGCUCUUUGGGACUCUCAUCAGUGGUGUGCAGAUGGCUAUACUUGAAUCCAAAGCUAUACCUGUCAUCAGCUGGAACUGGACAAUAUGCCUGCUCUUUGUUGCAUAUACUCUGUGCAUGUAUGGGCUGUACAGUUUCAUGCCUGUAGUGGUAAAUAUGACCAGCGCCACAGCUGUGAACCUCUCACUGCUGACUGCCGACCUCUUCAGUCUCUUCUGUGGCAUGUUCCUUUUUCGCUACAAUUUCUCAGGCCUGUAUAUUGUGUCUUUUGUGGUGAUCACACUUGGUUUCAUCAUGUUCAACAUCGUACCGACCUACACAGCAGAUCAGUCGUAUGCCACUAAUGACAGGGCGUAUCAUCUGGCUUCAUCUGCAGAUGUCCAGCAAGACAUUGUAGUAGACUGGCUGCAAAAGGACAAGAGAAUGAGGACAGCAUAGGAUCCAGUCACGGAGCACAUUGCAACGGAUUCUGUUCUCCGAUAUAAAGCUCUACAAUGUAGAGUACAGUAUUGAGUUUUACAGAUUUACUUUUAAAGGGUCUAUAUUUUUGCCAAAAGGCAGUGUUUAAUCUGUUGUUUAUGGAUUUUAAAUCCACAUCAGAGUACCUUGAGUCUGUUUUUAUAUUUAAACCAAUUUGCAUAUAAAUGUUAUUUAAAUCUGCUGAGACUGAAGUUCAGAUACAUUAAAAAGAAAAGCAAAAUGUCGUCAUGCACUACAAUGAUCUGGACAGUAUUACCUUAAGAGGUGCUAACAUCUCAAUUCCAUAUGAGAUGCUGCUUCCGGUAUGAUUACUUGUAUUAACAUUCUUUAUCUUUGUAACAUUCUUUAACUAACCCUUGUGUGUUAUUUUUAUUUGAGUUAUGAAAUGAUUACAAAACUGUAGAUCAAAAAUAACUUUAGAUGAAAUGAUUCAGCUUUUCAUAUUCAACUUGUUACAUUUAGUGUUAGUAUUGCAUCCUCUUUUAUGUUUAUUUUGUUUAAUGUAUCUACAUUUGAAAAUUAUUAUUUG